GUGAGGUUGUGGGGGCUUCAGCGGCACAGCGCUGGAACUUAUAGCUAUAAGCCGAUACCGAUAGUGUAUAUUGCUAGAAAUCCUUCCCGGAUAGGACAAACUACAUGUAUCUGGUUUAGCUGAAUGUCUUACUAGCGUUUGCAUAACCCGCUGACAUCUACAUAUACUUCACUAUGAAAGGCAAAAAGGCUUUGAAGAGAGCUAUUGUGGCUGAAGAAAGCAAUGGAACAUCAGUUGUUAAGAAAACUAAAGUCAACCAUUCUUCAUAUGGCACAGUUGGGGGGCAGGUAUUAACCCUUGGACAGGGUGAUGUUGGGCAGCUAGGGCUUGGAGAAGAUGUGAUGGAGAGGAAAAAACCUGCUCUGGUUACCCUUCCUGAGGACAUCGUACAAGCAGCAGCUGGGGGGAUGCACACUGUGUGCCUUGGAGCAUCUGGAAGUAUUUAUACAUUUGGAUGCAAUGAUGAGGGUGCCCUUGGUCGUGACACUUCGGAGGAGGGAUCGGAAACACAGCCUGGCAAGGUGGAUCUUGUAGAAAAGGUGGUGCAGGUGUCUGCAGGAGACAGUCACACUGCUGCUCUGACAGAAGAUGGCAGAGUGUUCGUCUUCGGAUCAUUCAGGGAUAAUAAUGGUGUUAUUGGUUUACUGGAACCUAUGAAGAAAAGCAUGGUGCCUGUUCAAAUGCAGAUAAAUGCACCAGUCAUUAAAAUAGCCUCUGGUAAUGAUCAUCUUGUCUUGCUUACGGUGGAUGGUGACCUAUACACAUCGGGAUGCGGAGAGCAGGGUCAGCUGGGCCGAGUUCCAGAAAGAUUCACCAAUCGUGGAGGGCGCAAAGGACUAGAAAGAUUGUUGGUUCCACAAUGUAUCCACUUGAAGGCAAAGGGAAGUGGACGUGUGCAUUUCCAGGAUGUGUUUUGUGGAGCAUACUUCACCUUUGCAGUGUCCCAAGAAGGCCAUGUAUAUGGCUUUGGUCUUUCAAACUACCAUCAGCUUGGUACAAAAACAACUCAGUCCUGUUUUGCACCUCAGAACUUAACCUCCUUCAAAAACUCCACCAAGUCCUGGGUAGGGUUCUCUGGAGGACAACAUCACACCAUUUGUGUGGACUCUGAAGGGAAGGUUUAUAGUCUGGGCCGUGCAGAAUAUGGCAGACUUGGUCUUGGGGAAAAUGCAGAAGAACUGAGUGAGCCCACACCAAUUCCUAUCUUGCCUAAAACGAAAUCUGUAGCAUGUGGAGCAUCUGUCAGCUAUGCUGUCUCUAAUGAUGGUCGUGUGUUUGCCUGGGGCAUGGGUACAAACCUGCAGCUAGGUACUGGUGAAGAAGAGGAUGUCUGGAGUCCACAGGAGAUGACCGGGAAACAGCUUGAAGACCGGGAUGUCUUAUCAGUAUCCAGUGGAGGUCAGCACACUGUUCUUCUUGUGCGAAAAAGAAGCUGACCAAAUCUAACUACAGAAAAUACUAUCAACCAAGUUAGCCUGAAUGGAGUGUAGCAACAUGGCUGCAAUCCUCCCUUUUGCACAACAUAGAAGCAUUUUUAAUUAGUCCAUAAUAAAUAACACACUUGUGGAGCUGUCCCUUCUGACACCAUUUUGUUUCUGUGUGUCAUCUAACAUAACCAAAAAUGGUUCUUACUUUACUCUCUGCAUGACUCUUGUUUUAUUUCUGAGUCUUUUUGUCCAUUUCCAUUUUGUGGAAUCCUCACCCUCAUUUUGGGGGGUUUGAUUUUAGCUUCUUUCUCAAGCUAUCUGCUUUUUGUGAGCAUCUAUCUUUUCAUCGGUUUGGUCUAUAAAAAUUACAUUUGCAGACCAAGAACUUCUGCUUUUAUCUCUUCCCCUCUUUCUAGAUCACUCUCUUCCUCCAACCUUUUUUUAAGGGUUAUUAUAACUGUUAGAUUUUAUUUUUAAUAUCCCAUUACAAACAAAUUGCUUUAUUUUUUUAAAUUGAGCUGUGAUUCUCUGUACAGAAAGGCAUGCAUUACUCUGGGAAAUCUGUGUUUCCAGUUCCUGUAAACAAAAGAGCAAAUCUAUUUUGAUUUUAUGGGGACAUAAAACACAUUUUAUCUGUCUUUGGAAUAAAUUUGUUUUUCAUAAAAUGUAAA